AACCAUGAGGCUCCUCCUGCUUGUGGCUCUGCUGGCCACCACCAUUGCGAUUGCUCCCGUCCACUUCGACAGGGAGAAGGUGGUCCGUGUGAAGCCCCAGGAUGAAAACCAAGUGAGCAUCAUGAAGAAUUUGGCCAAAGACAAUGAGCUUGACUUCUGGUAUCCAGAUGCCAUCGACCAUGUAGCUGCUAACAUGACAGUGGAUUUCCGAGUUAGUGGGAAAGAAUUCCAAUCCAUCCAGUCUGCCUUGGAUCAAAACAGAAUGCACUAUGAAAUCCUGAUUGAUAAUCUACAAGAAGAAAUCGAGAAACAGUUUGAUGUUAAAGAAGCUAUCCCAGGCAGGCACAGUUAUGCCAAAUACAAUAACUGGGACAAGAUUGUAGCCUGGACUGAAAAAAUGGUGGAUAAACAUCCUGAAAUGGUCUCUCGUAUUAAAAUCGGAUCUACUUUUGAAGAUAAUCCGCUGUACAUUCUCAAGAUUGGGAAAAAAGAUGAAAGAAGAAAGUCUAUCUUCAUGGACUGCGGCAUUCAUGCACAAGAAUGGAUCUCCCCAGCAUUCUGUCAGUGGUUUGUCUAUCAGGCAGCAAAAAGUUAUGGAAAAAACAAAAUUAUGACCAAAAUCUUGGACCGAAUGAAUUUUUAUGUUCUUCCUGUGUUCAAUGUGGAUGGAUAUAUUUGGUCAUGGACACAGGACCGCAUGUGGAAAAAAAAUCGUUCCAAGAACCACAACUCCAAGUGCGUGGGCACUGACCUCAACAGGAAUUUUAAUGUGUCUUGGCAUUCUUCUCCUAACACCGAUGACCCAUGUCAGGACACCUAUCGGGGCCCUGCUCCAGAGUCGGAGAAAGAGACAAAAGCUGUUGCUGACUUCAUUCGAAGCCACCUGAAAUCAAUCAGGGCCUACAUCUCCUUCCAUUCCUACUCCCAGAUGCUACUGUUUCCCUACGGCUACACGUUAAAGCUGCCACCCAACCACGAGGACCUGGCCAAAGUUGCUAGGAUUGGCACUGAUGUUCUAUCAACUCGAUAUGAAACCCAGUACAUUUAUGGCCCAAUAGCAUCGACAGCUUACCCGACAUCAGGUUCGUCUUUAGACUGGGCUUACAGUCUGGGCAUCAAACACACAUUUGCCUUUGAGCUCCGUGAUAAAGGCAGAUUUGGUUUUCUCCUUCCAGAAUCCCGGAUAAAGUCAACCUGUAAAGAGACUAUGCUGGCUGUCAAGUUUAUUGCCAAGUACAUCCUCAGGCAUACUUCCUAAACAACUGCUCUCAGUUUAGAAAACACCAGUUAAUCUCUGUGUGUGUGUGUGUGUGUGCACACACUCAUGUUCUUUUGUCAGAAAAUCACUCUUAGCUAUGCCUAGAUGCAGAUUCACAUCACCUGAGUCCAUCUUUAUUCACCCAAAUCCUGCAUUAUUUCUUUUUGCUUUUAUUGGCUCCCAGUAGCACCUUAAUAAAAU